AUGCCCUGGGAUCUCGACGACUCAUUCGUUGGUAUGAGCGGUGGAGAAAUAUUCUCAGAGCUUAUGCUUCGACACAAAGUCAAGCAUGUAUUUGGUUAUCCAGGUGGUGCCAUCCUUCCUGUCUUUGACGCUAUCUACAAUUCCCCAAAUUUCGAUUUUAUUUUACCAAGGCACGAGCAAGGUGCUGGUCAUAUGGCUGAAGGUUAUGCUCGUAUCACCGGCAAGCCUGGUAUUGUUCUUGUUACAUCUGGUCCAGGUGCUACAAAUACGAUUACGGCUAUGCAAGAUGCACUUUCAGAUGGUAUUCCGAUGAUCGUUUUCACAGGUCAAGUCGCAACAUCUGCUAUCGGCUCUGAUGCCUUCCAAGAAGCUGAUGUUAUCGGUAUUUCAAGAAGCUGUACAAAGUGGAACGUAAUGAUACAAAAUGUUUCAGAAAUACCUAGAAGAAUCAAUGAAGCUUUCAAGAUAGCCACAUCUGGCAGACCAGGUCCAGUACUUGUUGAUCUUCCAAAAGAUGUCACAGCAGGUAUUUGCAAAGAUCCAAUUCCAACUCGUUACACUCAACCUCAAGCUCUUCCACCUUUACCUAAUCCGCCUGUUCUCUCUUCAGCUGAUACUGGCCCUGAUUUUAAUGCAAUUGAGCAAGCAGCUGAGCUCAUAAAUAUCGCAAAACGUCCAGUCAUCUAUGCUGGUGCAGGUAUUCUUAAUAGCGAAGAUGGUCCAGCAAAACUUCGUGAAUUAUCGAAUAAUGGAAAUAUUCCAGUAACGACGACUUUACAAGGUUUGGGUUCUUUUGAUGAACUUGAUCCGAAAUCACUUCAUAUGCUUGGUAUGCAUGGAUCAGCCUACGCUAACUUGGCUAUGCAAGAAGCAGAUCUUAUCAUAGCAUUAGGUGCAAGGUUUGAUGAUCGUGUCACCGGAAAAGUUGAUACUUUCGCACCAGCAGCAAGAGCUGCAGCUCUCCAAGGACGCGGUGGUAUUAUUCACUUUGAAGUAAUGCCAAAAAAUAUCAACAAAGUUGUCCAAGCGAAUGUAGCUGUUGCUGGCGACGUUACACAAAAUCUUGGACAUCUUUUAAAACAUAUCCGUUCAAAACCUCGUGAAGAAUGGUUUGAUAAGAUUUCAACCUGGAAAGAAAAGUACCCAUUUAUAUUUGAAAAUUCUAACGGAAAAGAACUUUUAAAACCUCAAGAAGUUAUCGAAGAACUUGACAAACAGAGUCGCGGUAAGAAGGAUAAUUUCAUUAUUUCAACUGGUGUUGGUCAGCAUCAAAUGUGGGCAGCUCAGCAUUACAGAUGGACAUCUCCACGUACAAUGGUGACCUCUGGUGGUCUCGGAACUAUGGGAUUCGGUUUACCAGCUGCUAUUGGUGCUAAAGUUGCUGCACCAAACAAGACCGUUAUCGAUAUUGAUGGUGAUGCAUCAUUCUCAAUGACUGCAAUGGAAUUACAAACCGCUUCCCAAUUUAAUAUUGGUGUAAAGGUCAUUGUACUUGACAAUGCUUUCCAAGGUAUGGUUCUUCAAUGGCAAGAUCUUUUCUAUGACCAAAGAUAUUCUCACACCCAAAUGAUCAAUCCUGAUUUCUGUAAAUUAGCCAACGCUAUGGGUGUUCAUGCUAUAAAGUGUGAAAGUCUUGAAGAAUUACCAAAAGCAAUGGAAGAAUUUUUAGCUUACCCAACUGACAGACCAGUUUUAUUACACGCAAGAGUUGUAAAAUCGGAGCAUUGUUACCCAAUGGUACCUACAGGUAAAGCACUUCAUGAGCAAACAUUGCAUCCAAUUUUAGUUAAAAAGGAUUAA